CCAAUUUUUUUGGAUUCUGUUCGAGUAGCAAUCGAAGUCACUUCUUUUACUUCUUUGAGUUUUGUUGUCGACGAGGGAGUUGGGCAAGGUAUUAUCCUGUGUCUUGCUGAGUGUUUAUGGCGUUUACUAGACAGGACAUGAGAACAGGAAAUUAUGGCAGAUAUUGACGAUGUGGGCUAUUCCCAAAGUGGGUCCAGUGGAGGGAAGCAGCGACAUCUCUCCCAGAAGCAGCAGAAACGACAGCAAAAACUUGCAGACAAAGGAAAGAAAAAGACCGGUUUGGAUGGAUCCCGGAAACAGAAAUUAUCGCAAAAGCAGAGGAGAAGAGGUGCAAAGCUUUUAGAGGAGAAAGAAAAGAAGUCAAAGCGGUCAGCAUUGCUGGAGAGCUUGGAGAAACACAGAAUCACUGCUAAUGAGAUGCAGUUGUUGCAGCCAACAUCCAAGUUAGGAAUAACAACUGCAGUAACCAACGUGGAUCAGCUGACAUCUAGUUCGCCCACUCCUCCUGCAAAGCCGCUCGGGCGCAAGCGCAAGCGAAACCUUAACAAAAAAAGAACAAAGAAAAGCUAUGGCUAUGCAUUGCCAGUGUCCAGCUCGGACGAUGAUGAGUCUGAAGAGGAUUUAGAUUCUCCAUCCUCAACAUCCGAAGAUGAACACAGUGAAUGUGAAUCUGAUAGGACGGAGUCGAAAACAACAUCACCCAGCAAGCCCGAUGAGACCGAGUGCAUGAGCAAGUCACUCAGCAAGUCUGACAAGGCAGAGGGCCUGUGCGAGUCCCCCGUCAAGCCCAGUAAGCCCGACGAGGCAGAGUGCACGAGCAAGUCACCGAGCAAGAUGACAUCAGCACCUCCAUCAUCAUCGUCUGUGAAAUCUCAGCCUUCUGUGUAUGUGCCAAUACAGAGAGAUCCUGCAAUACAGGCCGCUCGUCUCAAGUUGCCCAUAUUAGGCGAGGAGCAGGUAAUCAUGGAGGCAAUCAAUGAAAAUCAGAUUGUUAUCAUUGCUGGUGAGACCGGCAGUGGAAAGACAACACAGGUACCACAGUUCCUCUAUGAAGCUGGCUACACCAGAGCACGGAAUGGCAGGAAAGCAUGUCGGAUAGGUGUGACUGAGCCACGUCGUGUAGCUGCUGUUAGUAUGGCACGGCGUGUUGCUGAAGAGAUGAGCCUUACUGACAAGGAGGUAUCAUAUCAAAUUCGUUACGAAGGCACUGUUACCGAUGACACUGAGAUCAAAUUCAUGACUGAUGGUGUGCUCCUGAAGGAAAUUGAGAAUGACUUUCUUCUUACCAACUACUCAGCCGUGAUCGUUGAUGAGGCUCACGAACGCUCUGUUUACACCGACAUCCUGCUAGGACUCCUGUCUCGCAUUGUACCGCUCAGAACCAAGCGCGGCAAUCCUCUCAAACUCAUCAUCAUGUCUGCUACAUUACGUGUGGAAGAUUUCACUGAGAACCGUCAUCUGUUCCCCACCCCACCGCCUGUCAUUAAGGUCGGUUCCCGACAGUUUCCUGUCACUGUCCAUUUCACGAAACGCACUCCUAAUGAUGAUCAAUACAUGCAGGAAGCAGUGAAAAAGGUGUGUAAGAUUCACCGGGAGCUGCCGGAAGGUGGUAUUCUUGUGUUUGUCACUGGACAACAAGAGAUCAACUGGAUGUGUUCAAGUCUUCGACGGACCUUUCCUGCCGCUAGUAAAGCCAGUAGCAGUGCUGGUAAUCCAUUGCAGCCUGAAACGCAACGCAGGAGGAUCAACCUUGAUGAUGUUCCUUGUGAGCCGACUUUUGACAGUCAUGAUGUUGAUGGUGAGAUUGGUGAUGAAGGUUUCGAGAACAACCAAGACAGUGAUGAUAGUGAUGGCGGGAGCAGCAGUGCCUGCAGCGACAAUGAAGAUGACGAUUUUAUGGCGAUUGAGAGAAGAGCGCAUGACCAGAGUUUACCUAUGAAAGUGCUGCCCCUGUACGCACUGUUAGCACCUGAACGGCAAGCACAAGUGUUUGCUCCCCCGCCAGACGGUGUGAGGCUUUGCGUUGUUGCUACGAAUGUAGCCGAAACUUCGCUUACCAUUCCCAACGUCAAAUACAUUGUGGAUACUGGCAAGGUGAAACGUCGCUACUUUGACAAUGUAACAGGUGUCUCAACAUUCAGAGUUGGGUGGACAUCGGCCGCUUCUGCUAACCAACGCGCUGGUCGUGCUGGUCGUACCGGUCCUGGACAUUGUUAUAGGCUUUUUUCAUCGGCAGUAUAUGGCAAUGAAUUUGAAAAGUUCUCACCGCCAGAAAUAAUCCAUCGUCCAGUGGAUGAUCUGUACUUGCAGCUCAAGAAUAUGCACAUUGUGAAGGUGGAGAACUUUCCAUUCCCAACACCGCCGCCAGCCGACAGCAUCAAGGCUGCUGAGCAAUUGCUGAUUUCACUUGGUGCUCUGGAGUUGAAGAAGUUGCAAGAUGGUAAGGGUGUUGCAAGCGGCAUCACUCCGAUGGGCCAGUGCAUGGCCGCCUAUCCAGUAUCGCCACGCUUCAGUAAGAUGCUGACUGUGCGUGACCGCAAGGGUGUAUUGCCGUAUGUCAUCGCUAUGGUUGCAAUCCUCUCUGUUCAGGAUAUCUUGGUCAUGCCAUCACCUGGCAGCAAGGAUGAAGAAGAGGACAAGGAAAGGGAGAAGUCCCGUGAGCAGUUUGCUAAAGCUCUCGUCUCCAAAUGGGGGUCGCCAAGCACACUUGGCUUGUUAGGUGAUGUGUUAGUACUGAUGAAGGCUGUUUUGGCAGCGGAAGCCGCUGGUUGUAGCAACGAGUUCUGUGAAGCCAAUGGCAUUCGUCGCAAAGCCGUCCUGGAAGUGCGCAAGCUUCGCAAGCAACUCUCGACGAUCAUCAGUAGCAGGCGUGUGUCUAAUGCAGUUGUUCUUGAUCCGAAUCUUCCACCUCCAUCGGCAUUGCAGGUCAAGUUUCUGAGGCAAUUGAUGCUGAGUGGCCUCUGCGAUCACGUUGCCAGGAAAAUCGACACGAGUGACAUGCCACUGACUGACAAGAAAAGGCUCCGCUAUGCAUACCAGUCUUGCAUUAUGGAGGAACCUGUGUACAUGAAUUCUGCCUGUGCACUCAAGUACCAGAAGAUGCUUCCUGAAUUUGUGGUCUUUCGCGAGGUCGUGGAAACUACUAAGUCAUUCAUGCAGUGUGUGGUUGCAGUGGAUGGUGACUGGCUGCCUAUCUAUGCAGCCCACCACUGCCAGCUCUCAGAGCCACUCGAAAUGCCAGAACCAACAUUUGACGCCAAUAGCGGUCAAGUGCACUGUCAUCGCACAGCUACGUUCGGUCCGUACUCAUGGCCUAUUGCAGCACAGGCGUUGGCCAUGCCGGAUGGUCAGCAGAAGUACAUGUGGUUUGCAAAGUUCCUUCUGGAUGGCCUGGUGGUGAAAGCGCUUGCCAAGUUUUCUGGUGCGCUGAUGUACAAGCCGUCUACAAUCCUGCGUCCCUGGGGCUACAGGUGCCACGUGUGGAUAAAGAAUCUGCUGGAUGCAUUAGUGACUGCUGGGGCAUGUGACCGAGCAUCCAUCAUCAAUAUCUGGAAGUCCAAGCCUAAGUUUUUGCUGGCCGAAUACAAGGCAUGGCUUCCACAGUCGCAGCAUGCCAGUCUGCACAUGGAGUGGCCACCGUUGUCCAAGGCAGCAGACACAGAUGUACACUAACCUUUGACAAAGCUGGACAAGAGCAGCGCCAUGGCGACAUGGGAACGUGGUUUUCAGAGUCUGUACAUGGAGUGACCACCAGCAGCAGCAGCAGCAGCAGCAGCAGAGGUAUCUUGUACAGUCUGUAUCGGCUAUAGUGUACCCUUUUGAUUUCCUCGAUUUUAUCAUUAUAACCAAUGCAUCACUAUAUGCGAUACGAUCGAUUUUUUUCGAUCGACACAUGAAAGGCAAGGAAAUACUUCCAGCAUGGCGUUUUGACAAAUGAGCAUGCUGCAUAGUUGACAGUGCCCGCAUUUCCAUAAAAAAAUUCUGUUAAGUACAUGUACAUGUAUCACUAUAAAAUAAGCAACGUGAAAAGAAAGUAAAAAAAUAGGGCCUUUGAUAUUAUUGCUCCAUGUAUUUUAAAGUUAUCACUAUAGCCGAUAUAUUCUUAUAUCCGGUCACUCUAUAGCCGAUACAGACUGUACAUUGUUGUGAGUACAAGUAGCGGCAAGUGCAGUGCCACAGCAGCACAGGAACAUGGUUUUCGGUAGACCAAAACAAAGUCAUAGUGUGGGAAAGAAAAUGGCUGGCCAUUCUUCUUCUUUGUUCCUUCAUUCAUACAUGUAUGGGUGCACUCUACUGUGCCACCUCCGCCACCGCCUUGUACAGGGCAUAGUGUUGGGUGCACAGCCGCUGCUGCUGCUGGCAAGAGUGUGUGCGGCAACUUCCACAGUGUGGUCGUGUGACCCCCUGUUGCGGACUUUUUUUGCCGACUUGAUUGGUUGAAGUGAAGAUCACUGUUGAGUUCUAUUUUCCUUCUUUAUCUUCUCUGGUGGCAAGCUUGCUGUUUUCCACACACAGUGAAGAAACUGUGAUUCUUGCAUGUAUCCUACCCAUUGGACUUCCCUUUGGAUUACCAUUGUCACUGACACGUCACUGACCUGUCACUGACCUCUCUUGCUCGCUCUACAUCUGCUCAAGAACCUUCAAGCAGCAUGCCCCAGUAAGCACAAUUUGCUUCCUACAUUGCAUGGCUAGUUUGUAUGUUCACUCUGGCGUCGCAUUAUGGAGUUGUAUAAACCUAAUACAUGGUAUUGGGUCAUAUUCACCAA